AUGCCUGGCACCUGGUCACGCUUCAAGAGCCUGUUUGGCAGCCCCGAUGGAACCAGUCGCCGUGAAUGGCUUCAUGAGGAGGAGAGAGCCCUUUUGUCUCACCACCGUAACCAGGAAAUAACAUCUGCCACUCCUCCCGAGGAGGUAAUGAAAGUUUGCCUACGACUCCGACAUCUAAUCCGCGAAUGCGUUCCUUGCGAGCUUGAAGAAAGCGCCAUUACGCGCUCCCACAGCACGGUCAUUACCAACAAGGUUGUUCAAGCGGCCAAAGAGGCCGGUGGGCAGAAGUAUCGUGCGUGUGUUGUUUACGCUCUGCUGGUUAACAUGAAAUGGUUUAAACGUGAAGCGAUUGUCGAAUUAUGGGACGCCGACCUUCAUGCUCUUCGCGCUACAGCGUGUACUGUCAUUGCUAAGCAGAUCAUUGAGGGAGAAGAUGACCUCGACUAUCUUCUACAUUAUGUGCUUCUUCGCCGGUACUCUUUUAUGAUUGACAAGGUUCCUACGCCUCCAACCAAUGUAAUUGAGAAGGCUGUGGACUUGCACGCAGUGCGAGUGAUUGGUUCUUCUGGUUAUCAGAAAUGCAUCUCAUAUCUCUGGCGCGGAUGGCUGGUCCAAGAUGAAGAUGAUCCCUCUGAAUUUGUUGACUACAAGAACAAGGCCAACCCAAAUUUCUUUAUCCACAUGGAUCCUGAUCGUAUGCGCGCCCCCAGAUAUCAGAAUGCGGCCCAGCUCCUCUUUUCCGUCAUUUAUCUUGGACUAUACACCGCUGCAGUCAACUCUGCAAACCCAUCGGGAGUACUUGAUGGUGCUGAGAUUGCUCUCUACAUCUUCACCUUUGCUUAUGUAUGCGAUGAAUGUCUCAAGUUUUACAAGGCUGGCGCCAACAUCGUCGGAUUCUGGAACGUCUUUAACUUCAUCCUCUACACCUUCUUGACUGCCUCCCUGGUCUUGCGCAUCAUUGGACAAGUGUACUGGGACAACGACGCAGUAUUCAACAAAUAUAACGAGCUCAGUUAUAACCUGCUAUCGUUCGUCGCUCCUAUGUUCUGGUCACGCCUCUUGCUCUAUUUUGACAGCUUCCGGUUCUUCGGCGCUAUGCUGGUCGUGCUUAAGGUCAUGAUGAAGGAGUCGCUGAUUUUCUUUGCGCUCCUCAUUGUUGUCAUUAUUGGAUUUCUUCAGGCCUUCAUAGGGUUGGACAUUGCCGACGAUAAUAUUAUGGGAGAUACCUAUUUCAUUAUUGAGUCCAUGCUCAAGGCCAUCAUGCAAAGUCCUGAGUUUGAUGGGUUCGAGAACUUUGGACACCCCUUUGGUCUGAUUCUCUACUACUGCUUUACUUUCGUUGUCAUGAUCAUUCUACUUAACAUUCUUAUUGCGCUUUACAACUCUGCCUACGAGGGUAUCUAUGAAAACGCCGACGACGAAUAUCUGGCGCUUUUUGCACAGAAGACAAUGCAAUUUGUCCGAGCUCCCGACGAGAAUGUAUAUAUCGCUCCACUCAACCUUGUUGAGAUAGUUAUUUCCGGUCUGCUGGAAUGGUGGAUGCCUAAGCCCACUUACGAGUUUAUCAACGACUGCGUCAUGGCCACUCUAUACUCUCCCCUUCUCUUUGUGGCCGCUUGGUUCGAGAAACGGGAUGCGCGCAAGAUUCGAAGUAACCGAUCACGAGGCGAAGAAGACGACGACCUGAUUCAUGAGUGGGAACAAUUUAAUGGGGAUCUGGACAUGGAGGCUGAAGGCUGGACCAAGACCUGCGAAACCGCAAAGCCAAAUGUGGAAGAUGAGCCUGCUGUGAUCGAAGUUCGUAAACUGCGAGCAGAAAUGGAAGAACUCAAGUCGAUGCUGUCGCAACUCAACAACAUUGCUAGAAGAAGCGACGACAAUACCAUCAAGGGCUCAAAUGCUGGAAAGGCAUCAGAGGCUGAGGAUGAUGAGGAACAGGAUGCCUCAGAGGCUACAGAAACUGCCGAUAUGCCAGAUACAUCAGACACCCCAGAAGCGGAAGCGACAUCUGGCGACAACAAGUCAGGCAAGAAAGGCAAGAAGAAAAACAAAAAGAAGGGUGGCUCUAGCAAUUAG